GGUCAACGCGGUUUCAAAAAGGGAGGGAUUAGGCGAAAGACCAAUUUUACAUCAAUCUGGAAUACAAAUUGACGAAAUAAAAUAUAAAAUGCUAAUUUACGAUAUAUUCAACACUGUGAAAAGGCCAGAAUCGGACUGAAAUCCUCGUCAUUUCACACUUUGGUUUUUGUUAUGGAGAAGAACAUUGCCGUGAUUGUAUGUGGUUACGUUCUGUACUUGGAGACAGUCUUCGGCGGAUGUCCGUCUGACUGUCGGUGUUUAUAUGGGGAUUCUCUUGUACAAUGUUUCGGGGGACUGUCUUCCAUACCCUCAGGAAUUCCCACUGCCGUGAAGAAUCUCCAUUUGUCUGGGAAUGCCACGCGGAAAAAUUCAUUCACCCGCAUUACAAAGAGUGACUUUGUGCGCUUUUCGCUAUUACAGCGUCUGUACCUGUCGUCGUGUGGUAUCGAAUCAAUCGAGGAUGGUGCGUUUUCGAGUCUGUCAAAUCUAAGAACAUUAGAUUUGUCUGAUAAUCAGCUGAAAUCGGUAAAUAGGGGAACAUUUCGUGGAAUAAACAAGUUAAGCAAACUCGAAUUAACGGGAAAUGAAAAUUGUGCCAUCGAAGAAAAUACCUUUCAGGGUCUUCCUAAUCUCCUGGAGUUAUUUCUUGGACAACUGAAGUUGAGUAACAUUCAACCGUAUCUAUUCUACAAUACUCGAAAUGUGAUUGAUUUAGAUUUGCAUGGGAACAAUCUUGUGGAAUUCGAGUCAGAAGUCUUUGAGAAUUUUGCAUCUUUAGGUAGCUUAGAUUUGGCAGGAAAUCGUUUGAUCGCGCUGCCCUCCUUCACCUAUCAACAAAUGGUAAACCUGAAAAGUCUGUACAUGGAGGGAAAUGCAUGGCAUUGUAACUGCGAGAUGAAUCCUCUAAAGAAAUGGACAAAUAUCAGAGACGUGGUAGUUUGCAACUCGCCAAAGAAGUUAGAAAAUCGAGACUUAUUGAACAUCCCAGACAGUGAAAUGGUGUGUAUCCCUCCGUAUAAUGCGACGUGCGACAAGAAAACAGUCAUCGUCAAUGAAACGGACCCUAUCCGUGUUAACUGUCGUUUUAAUGGUGGAGAUCCGCGCCCUUAUCCACUGUGGACCAAACCAAAUGGAGAAGAGUUGAUUGUAAAGAAUUCCACUAAUUCUUCUCAUGUCGUAUUUGCGGACGGAACUCUCGUCAUACCUACGUCCAUGGAAAGUGACUCGGGAGACUGGACUCUGACAAUUACAAACACGCACGGUGGUGAUAUCAAAGUGGUUGUUCAUAUUGAGGUAAGAAUUAUUACCACAACUACCACCACUACCACCACUCCAACUACCACCACUACUACCACUCCAACUACUACCACUCCAACUACCACCACCGCUACUACUUCUACCACCACCUCUACCACUACAACACCAAGCACAACAUCUACCACUUUGAAAACCACCACCACCUCCAAGCCUAAAUCAACGACUACCCCUAAUUCGACGAAGCGCAGUGGCGAUCCAAAAGAAAACUUCGAAAGGAUCGGCAUCAUUUUGACCAUCGUCGGCGGCAGCUCGUUGCUGAUAACUUCAAUCUGUGUUGCUAUCUUGUACUUUGCUUUCUGUAAGAAAACACCGCCUCAAGCUUAUUCUAAGCCAUUCAAGAAAAACAAAGUGGGUCGGCGACCAAGUUACGACGUCCGAAAAGCUCAACGAAAUAACAAUGCCUUCACCAUUAUUGAAACGCUAUCAGAACUUAGACAAAAUUGUAUUUUCAGAGACGGUAACGGAGAACGAUACGGAAACAUCUCAGCACAACAGAGGAUUGAGCAAACAGUGAUGGAAAAUAAUAGCGCUCUCGUGAUUAUAUGUGUACUUAUUGUAGUAAACUGGGUACCUGUUGAAUGCGCUUGUCCCUCAAGCUGCCAGUGUUCCAAUAUUUCUGCAAUCUGUAAACAGGAAAUGACCAGAUUCCCGUCAGGAUUACCGUCAAAAAUCACUGCUUUACAACUCAGUGGUACUUUUGCAUCCAGAAACAAAAUUGCAUCAGUCGAAAAUUCUUAUUUCUCAUCUUUACCCAAUUUGAAAAGACUUUAUAUGGCGUUCUGCGAUGUCGAGUCCAUUACAGAUGGUUCUCUACCGCACACAUUGAUUUUGUUAGACCUCUCUUUCAAUGAAAUUGGUGAAAUUUCGGAAAACACUUUUAAGGGGUUAUCUAAGCUGAAGGUGUUGCAUUUGUCUGGAAAUAAUGGAACUGAAAUAGCUUUGACCGCUUUCAACGUUUUGACGCAACUAACGGAAUUAUAUCUGGCAGAAAUGCAUUUGGAUGUACUGGAUAAGCGACUGUUUAACAGUCUUUCAAUGCUGAAGACUCUGGACCUUCACGGAAACAAACUUCGACGCUUAGACUGGAGCUUCACCAAACUAAGUCCUAACCUAGGUUACAUAGAUAUAUCUGGAAACUCGUUUACACAGCUAUCAAAUACAAGUGUGAUGGAAUUACAUAAAAUAAAGACUGUGCGUUUGGACAACAACAACUGGAGAUGUACCUGUGCAUUAGAAUGGGUUAAAGUACUGCCCAGUCCAAUACCUGAAUCCGUAACGUGUAGUUCACCGGAUUCUCUGAAAUACCAGUCCAUUGUCAAUGUUCCAUCUUCCAAGCUCAUCUGUGUGCCUGCAUCUGUCAGGUGCACAUCAAGUUCACAGACCGGGAAAUAUCACACCUUACUGAACAUGUCAUGCACGUUUGGCGGAGAUCCGUUUCCUGAUGUCAUUUGGAUAAAGCCCGAUGGCACAAAAUUGAAAUAUUACAACUACAAUCACUCAAAGUAUCACGUCUCCGACAAAGGUGUACUAACAAUAAAUUCCUUGGACGUCGAUGAUGACGGGAUGUGGAAAGUUCAGGUCAACAAUGUGAAAAAACAGAACGAAGAGAGUGUGAGGGUGACGGUGACCGAUAUACCUACCACAACUACUACCACUACCACCACCAGUACCACCACCACCACUACUCCGACUACCACCACUAGUACCACAACCACCACCACCACACCGACCACCACCACCACCACAACUCCUACCACUACAACUCCUACCACCACAACUACUACAACCCCUGUCACAACCACGGCAAAACCAACAACCACCACAACUGUCAAGCAGACGACAACCCCCAAAACCACACCAAAACCACCAGCAGACGUCAAAACAACACCCAAACCUACGGAGGGUGUGUUCUCAAUGAACACGAUCUACAUGAUGAUUGCCGCGGCCGGAGGAAGCGCUUUCAUUACAUCAAUGAUUUGUUUAGUGAUACACUGCUGCACGAGAAAGAAGAAACCGGAUAUGCCUGAGAAGAAACCGAAACAGGAUCUCUUCGAUACCGUCCGGAAUCUGACUCCAAGACGUACGCGAAGGGUCCACAACAUAGGUCAUUAUGAUGAAUAUGACUGACGAUAAAUUUUUUGAUGAAUUAUUACUGGGAGAAAGCAAAGAAUUUCAUGUUUGACUAUUGCAUUAUGACAUUUUGCUUUGAAGUUUGUUAGUAAUUCGUGCUACCGACACAAUUGAACUCUUAUUUUUUUUUUACAGUUCUAAUUUUAAAAUUGAGCGAUUACUUUCACUUUUACUUACACAGUAUUGCUUCUCACUGUUAUUGUUUUAUUUAUUUUGACAUCGAGUAUUCAUUAAAAGAAAAGAAAAAAAAACUCGGUUUUUUUAGCGUUUUAUUUAAAGUUCAAGUGUGGGUGUUUUUCCACUGUGAUUUCUGCUGAAAAUACAAUAUGAAAAAUAAAUGCUAUCAUUCUUAUCACCAAAAAGAUUACCGUGUAGAAAAAUUCAAUUAUAUCUGAAGAAGCUGAGGGUUUCCGGAGAUUUAUUGUGUUU